GGACCGUAGAGACUGCAGCCAAGGAGUGCGGCGGAUCUUCAGGGACACUGAGAAACGAGAAGCACCAAAGAUGGGGGGCGUCCAGAGCUUCAGGGAAAUGUGUGAUCGCACAAAGAAUCCUAAUGUUCGUAUGAGUCUGCCAGCAGUGUGUGUGGUGUGGCAAACUGCUAUGAUCAUCCUGCAUGGGGUUUUUAUUCGAUAUGAUGAAGAAUCAGACGCUCACUGGGUUGAGCACAGAGAUCAUGAAAAUUUGACAGAUAUACAGAAUGACUUCUACUUCAGAUAUCCAAGUUUCCAAGAUGUACAUGUGAUGAUCUUUGUUGGGUUUGGUUUCCUGAUGACCUUUCUGAAGCGUUACAGCUUCGGAGGAGUGGGUUUCAACUUUUUGAUUGCCGCCUUUGGCCUCCAGUGGGCACUGCUAAUGCAGGGCUGGUUCCACUCCCUGGACUACACAGAUGGGAAGAUCAAAAUUGGAGUGGAAAGCCUAAUUAAUGCAGAUUUCUGUGUGGCCGGCUGUCUGAUCGCAUAUGGAGCUUUGCUGGGAAAGGUCAGCCCCGUCCAGUUGAUGGUUUUGACUUUGUUCGGGAUAACACUGUUUGCUGUGGAGGAAUUUAUCAUCCUAAAUCUCAUCCAUGCAAGGGAUGCUGGGGGCUCCAUGGUUAUCCACACCUUUGGAGGUUACUAUGGACUCGCCAUAUCAUGGAUGCUCUACCGGCCCAACCUGGACCAGAGCUCACGUUUGCACGGCUCUGUCUACCAUUCAGAUGUCUUUGCUAUGAUUGGUACCCUCUUUUUGUGGAUGUUCUGGCCAAGUUUCAACUCCGCUAUAACAGAUCAUGGCGACGGGCAGCACAGGGCGGCCAUCAACACCUACCUGGCUUUGGCUGCAACCGUGCUCACCACAUUUGCUGUUUCGAGUGUGUUUCAGAAACAUGGAAAACUAGAUAUGGUUCACAUCCAGAACUCGACACUUGCUGGAGGUGUUGCAGUAGGAACAGCAGCUGAGUUCAUGCUGAUGCCCUAUGGAUCUCUCAUCGUUGGCUUCUGCUGUGGUAUUCUUUCCACACUUGGAUACAUAUAUAUCACUCCUUUCAUGGAGAAAUACAUGAAGAUCCAAGACACGUGUGGAAUUCACAAUCUCCACGCCAUGCCAGGGGUUAUAGGCGGUAUAGUUGGAGCCAUCACUGCUGCUGCAGCAUCAGAGUCAGUCUACGGCAAGCAGGGGUUGAUCAACACUUUUGACUUUACGGGGGCUUUCAAGGACAUGGUGCCAACGAAGCAGGGAGGUCACCAGGCUGGAGGCCUCUGUGUGGCAAUCUGCUUCGGCAUAGGAGGAGGCCUGAUUGUUGGUGCAAUCUUGAGAUUACCCAUCUGGGGAGAUCCUGCAGAUGACAACUGCUUUGAUGAUGAACCUUACUGGGAGUUGCCAGAAGACGAAGAGAGCAUCCCACCAAUCCUGCACUACAACAACCACAUGCGGGGCAAAGACGUUGCUGACACGCAUUUCACCAUGGAGCCAGAUGCCAGGUCCCGAUCAUGAAUGGCUCUUUGACUCGAUCAACUGUUACCCUUUCUUUUGUUUCUCUGUUGGACCCAGCUCCCUCUCCAAACAACGUGGAGAAGAAAUAUAAAACAAAACAAACAAAAAAAAAACAUUUGAAUACUC